AAUUGUAUAAUCGGUCAACAUGGCCGCGUCUAUGAGACCGCUGGUCCGGAGGGUGAUCCGUCUCUCCCACGGAAACAUGAACGUUGCCGCUGCUGGAGCUUCGGGUCGGUCGCGUUGCUGCCGGGGGACGUCGCCUUGUCGUUGUUUUAGCGACGACAGAAGUACGCACUUCGGCUUCGAAACGGUGCCGGAGGCCGAGAAGGCGAAGAGAGUGUAUAAGGUGUUCGAGAAUGUGGCCCAGAAGUAUGACGUUAUGAAUGACGCCAUGAGUCUCGGGAUUCAUCGACUGUGGAAGGACGCGCUGCUGCACGUCAUGCACCCACAGCCCGGUGCACGACUCCUGGAUGUGGCGGGCGGAACGGGUGACAUUGCCUUCCGUUUCCUGGAGUACGUUCGAUCUCAGCGGGAGCGGCAAAGGCGGCGGGCGGCGCGGUCCGCGCAGACGCCGUCGUGGCAGGACAUUUCCAACAGCUACUCCGCAGAGGACGACGACAGGCCCCACGAGUCCAGGGCCGUGGUCUGCGACAUAAACAAGGAGAUGCUGAAAGUGGGCAAGCAGAAAGCCGACAGCAUGGGCAUCGGUGCUGGUCUGUCGUGGGUGGUGGGGGACGCAGAGGAGCUGCCCUUUGAUGACGAUCAGUUUGAUAUUUACACCAUCGCCUUUGGCAUUCGCAACGUCACUCAUAUAGAUCAGGCACUUCAAGAGGCUCUGCGGGUCUUGAAGCCCGGUGGCAGGUUCAUGUGUUUGGAGUUCAGCAAAGUGACGAAUCCCGUACUGGCAAGGCUUUAUGAUGCGUACAGUUUCCAGAUGAUCCCGGUUUUGGGAGAGGUGAUUGCUGGAGACUGGAAGUCCUACCAGUAUCUGGUGGAGAGUAUCCGUAACUUCCCUGACCAGGAGGAGUUCAAACGUAUGAUUGAGGACACGGGCUUCUACAGCGUGCAGUACUACAACUUCACCGGCGGAGUCGUGGCUCUUCACUCCGGUUUCAAGCUGUGAGAUGCACUCCAAACGCCUCCUAGAAAAGGCAAAUGCGUAAAGAGACCUGCUCUGUGUUUCAGGCUUUUCUGCCCGUGGGACGGACUAUCCCGCUGAGUUCUCAGACAUAAAGCGCGGAGCGUGAAGCCCCAGAGAUCCUCUCUGCAGGUGCCUCUGCACAGCGACAGAAAAAUCAGAGGUCAGGUGACAUAUUUAUUAUAUAGUAUUUUUUUCCGUUUCCGAAAACUGUACUUAAUAUCGCUAUUAGUACAAGAACUGGCAGAGUAAAAACCAGGUUUUCGCUGUAUCUGGGGUAUCGGCGUCGAGACGACUGGCGAGUGAGUUAAACCCAUUUGAGUACAGCUAGCUUUGAAUGUUUGUUUUGUAACAUCUAUGUUUGGGCAAUGGAUAAUAAAACCUGCAAAAACUGA